ACUCUCCCUUGAUUGCAGUUCAGUCAACUCACCUGCUCCAAGCCUCACUCCUGCCAUCCAUUAACUCAUCAACCCAGCAGUAUAUCAACCCCAGUCUUCAGCCACUCGUCGCUAGAUCGUGUACUCAGCUACAGUGGAUUCCUGGCAUCCUGUCCACCCGCUACCCACCUCACCCUCGGCCUCCACGAGCCGGAUGUUCUCCGUCCCCUUUCCCUGGAAACCCCUUCAAUAAACCUCGUACCUAUUGCUCCAAGUUUGUGUCCUGCGUUUGGGUCCUUCCCUUGUUGCACGCGUGACAGAACGAUCUAGCCACCAUGGGCCCUGAGGACUAUGACGUUUUGAAGACUGCAAUCUCCAACCAGGGACAGCGUUUGGGUUAUCAGGAGCACACGCUGCAAACCGUUGUGGAUCAGUCGAGGGACAUCACCUCCACACUGGCAACGCUCUGUUUCCAACAGACCCAAGCUGUGGCAGCAACCUCUGCUCAGCAACCAGUAGCUGCCCAACAAGCUCCUCAUGCCUCUCCAGUUUCUGAGCCUCACAUCCCACCCCAUCCAAGUAUUCUGGUGACCCCAACACCUGCCUGUGUGCUCGUGGAAAGUCCUCUCACCGCCCACCUGCUGGUCUGCUCCGCCCCUUGCCCAUUCCCAGCCGUCCAUGGUCCCACAUUGCCCUCGAUUUCGUCACGGGUUUACCCCUGUCCCAAGGUGUGGAGAGCAUUCUGCCGAGCUCUUGCCGCCACGGUGAGCCUCUCCUCUGAUUUCCACCCCAGACUAACGGCCAGACCGAGCGCGCCAAUCAGGAUCUGGAAGCAGCUUUUCGCUGUGUCACCGCCAGGAAUCCCUCCUCCUGGAGCUCCCAACUCGCCUGGAUUGAGUAUGCCCACAACUCUGUCCAGCGCUGCAACCGCUAAGUAGGUGAUGAUUACCUGAUUGGCUGGCCUAUCAGGAGGAAGGGCCUUCAUUAAAGGAGGACCAGGAAGAGCUGGCCUGCUCUCUUCAGCCUGCUCUCUUCAGCCUGAUUCGUGGUCGAAUGCUGACGUCCUUGACCAAGCAAAUUAUAUACUAUUCUAUGUGUGAAAAUAUCAAUAUAUAACAUGUGUGGUGUGAGGUUGUUGAUUCAGGUAAGUUGGGGUACCCUGUACAUUUUUCAUCCACGUAGAGACUUCUUUGUUAGAAACACUAGUUUAGCAGGUUGUUUCCACCUCUGUAUAUGUUUUACACCACUUGUUAUUCGAUCAGUUAGUGAGCGCUUUUGUUUGUGUUUUGUUUGAAAGGACAGUAGUAGUCAGGCCCUGUUUUGUUAUAUUUAUUUUGUUUGGCUCAACCAGUUGGUCCCUUCCUCACCCUUACUUUAGAGAGUUCAUUGGAACCAGUUUAUUUUUGCAAUAAACAAUUAUACA